CUUGCACGGACAAGGAGCUGCGGAGCCUCGCGUCGCGCCUCAAGGACUGGUUCGGCGCGCUGCACGAGGACGCCAACCGCGUCAUCAAGCCCACGAGCUCGGAGACGGCGCAAGGCAGGUUUGACACCAGCAUCCUGCCCAUCUGUAAGGAUUCCUUAGGCUGGAUGUUCAACAAGCUGGACAUGAACUACGACCUGCUGCUGGAUCCCUCAGAGAUCAGCGCCAUUUACCUGGAUAAGUACGAGCCCUGCGUCAAGCCUCUCUUCAACUCCUGCGACUCCUUCAAAGAUGGGAAGCUUUCCAACAACGAGUGGUGCUACUGCUUUCAGAAGCCCGCCGGUCUUCCCUGCCAGAAUGAAAUGAAUAGAAUUCAAAAGCUAAGUAGAGGGAAGAGUCUGCUGGGUGCUUUCAUUCCCCGCUGCAACGAGGAAGGGUACUACAAAGCCACCCAGUGCCACGGCAGCACGGGGCAGUGCUGGUGCGUCGAUAAGUACGGGAACGAGCUCGCCGGCUCCAGAAAACAAGGAGCAGUCAGUUGUGAAGAAGAGCAAGAAACCUCAGGGGAUUUUGGCAGUGGUGGAUCUGUUGUAUUGCUGGAUGAUUUGGAAGAGGAACCUGAAACAGAAAAAAAGGACAAAGAAGGGAAACUGAAGAUUCAUGUAAGAGCAGCUAAUGAAGAUGAUGAAGAUGAAGAUGAUGAUAAGGAUGAUGAAAUUGGGUAUAUAUGGUAGUGCCCACCAUUCUGAGGACUCACGUUUUGCACAAUAUUGCAAGUCACGUCAUAUCUCUGCAAUUGUAUCUGAGAGUACCUGGCACAAAUAUUCCCUCUCUUCUAAGUUUGGUUUUGUAUAGUGUAUUUAAUUUUGAAGACAGAUUUUUUGUCUUGUCUCGGUUUUGUUUUCCAACCAGGACUGUUUGGAAUACAGGUUUUGUUCCGUUGGUUUGGGGGAUUUUUGCUCUAUCCACAGGGGUGAUGAGUUUGGUUUCACAUCUCA